ACAGAUGAAGAAAUUGGACCUGUAACAAGUGUCAGAUGGGCACCGGAUGGAGUACAUCUUGCUGUUGGUUUAAAUAAUUCCCACAUCCAGCUGUGGGACUCUUCAUCUGGUCGGAUGCUGAGGAAUUUGCAUGACGGGCAUAGUUCAAGGGUUGGUUCACUCGAUUGGAACAAUCACAUCCUUACAACUGGGGGAAUGGACAGUUUGAUCAUAAACAAUGAUGUAAGAAUAAGAUCCAGCAAUGUUGGAACAUAUAGGGGACAUUGUCAAGAGGUUUGCGGACUGAAAUGGUCUGCAUCAGGCCAGCAACUAGCAAGUGGGGGGAAGGACAGUCUCCUCUACAUAUGGCAUAUCUCUAUGACCUCUACAAAUUCUGCCAAUCAGUGGAUUCACUGCCUAAAAGACCACAGAGACACUGUGAAAGCUCUUUCCUGGUGUCCUUUCCAGAGUAAUCUGCUUGCCUCCGGUGGUGGUGUAGGAGACCAGUGCAUAAAAUUUUGGAACACCAACACUGGAUCACGCCUGAACUCAGUAAAUACAGGUUCACAGGUCUGUUGCUUGCUUUGGAGCAAACAUGAACGUGAGCUUAUGAGCUCUCAUGGCUUCAAUGAUAACCAACUUACCCUAUGGAAGUAUCCUUCUAUGGUCAAGAUUAUAGAACUUUAUGGUCAUACAUCAAGAGUUCUUCAUAUGGCUCAAAGUCCAGAUGGGUGUACAGUUGCAUCUGCAGCAGCGAAUGAGACGCUAUUGUGGAACGUGCUUGGAACUCCUAAAUUGGCCGUGAAUGCUGCCAAAACAAAGCCAGAACCAUUUGUUAAUCUCGCCCGCGUCAGAUGAAGAGGCUGUACCUGGAAUGGGUGAUUAAAAGCAUUUUUCUUGGUACAUGCUCCAUUGGAUUUGUGACGAAAUUGGCUAAAAAUUAUUCAAGGGGAUAAAAAAUGAAUAAAGAAGUUUGCAUAUUUAAGGUAUGUUGAAAGUUUAUUCAGUUCUUAAUUUACACAAAAUCAGCCCAGUUUUUAAUAAGAAAAUAUGGAUCAUACUUUAUUCUUUGCUUUUGAUAUGAAGUUAAGGUUCCCAUUUAAGAGCAACUGCCAACCAAUACAUUAGCCCCAUAUCUACAAGCCUUCAUUUUUAAGCCAUCGUCACCAUCCAUGCCUUUAUCCUACAAUUGGGAUCGACCACAUGGAUUCCUUUUCCACUAUUUUCUAUCAUAAGGUACAUCUCCUACUAAACUUAAUUUUUUAAAAUCAUUUCUUAUCACUUCAUUCCAUGUUAGUUUUGAUUGCCCCUCAAUUUUCUGAUUUGUUCUUUUGAUCCCAUAUCUCAAACUUGAAUUAAAAAUUACCUUUGAAAGAGUCCAUUUUCUGUUAUAGAGGAUAAUUAUUUUCUGCCAAAGAGGCAUUCUGGUCUUUUUAAGUCUUUCUUGCAGUUGAAAUUCUUUCCCCCUCAGGGCAUUGCAUUUCUCUAUUCCUAUCCCGUGUCAGUUAUCUCUAACAGCGAUUUUGAAAUGUUAUCAUUGGCUGUGCAUUCAUACAUACAUAUACAUAUAUAUGUAUAUAUAUAUAUAUCAGCUGCAAUUUAAAACAGAUGUUUUUGCAGAAAUGUCAAAGAGCUUAAUGUGUUGAUUUAUAAAAGAUCUAGAACUGAAAAUUACAUUCCCUCAAAUUCUGUAAAGAUCGAAUUGAACAGAAAAACCCUCGUUCAAGUUUCAAAGCUCUAUUUUUGGGUGAUAUUGAUCUUUAACAGCAAGAGAAUCUCACUUAUAUCCAGUCUAUUCCAAAGUCUGCUGAAGCAAGUGAUUGUGCCGAAAUUUUAGAAGCGUUUCAUCUUUAUUAUACUCUCAUCACAAGCUGUGAAGUACUUCAAAUCCUCUUCUCUGCGAUUUCACAUCUGCUGCAGAUCUUUAUCCUUUUUUUUUUUUUUUGUUUUUGUAAAGCACGAUUGACCUUUAGUUUUAGUGGAAAAACAGUGUGAGUUUGUACUCUGUGAGAUAGAACACUGUGACUGUGUGAAGAAAAGAGUUGUGUAAUUCUUUUAUUGCUUGUUUUCUUAAGUAAACAAGCCAAGUUUGAUAUC